AACACUUUGUCAAAUCAUUAAAAAAAAAAAAAUGCCACAUGCAACUGAUGUUUGUGAUGUCUUCUGUGAUUAGGCAUUGUUCAGUGGCUUUAAAACAGCCAUAGACUAUAUUAAGUGAAAAAUACUUAGUGAAAACUGCCUGUUUUCUUAAGCAGAAGGACAUGUUGUAAAAUCAUCUUCGACCAGCCAAACAUAAUGUGAUCAUGGGUACUAAAUUCUUAACAUCUCCUCAGGGUUCCUCUAUGCAGUCCAUGCUCAGAGUUGUGCUCUUCGGAAACACUGGUGCUGACAAGAAUAAGGUAGCAAAAUCAAUGCUAACCGGCGAGAAUCUGACAGGAGAGAAAAAUGGUCUAUGUACUUUACAUAAGAGUGAACAAGCAGGGAGGAGGAUCAGUGUUGUGGAAGCACCAGGAUGGCAUGAACACUCAAUACAACAAACACCAGAGAACAUAAAAGAAGAAAUUAUCAGAAGCGUGUUGCUUUGUCCUCCAGGACCUCAUGCUCUGGUUCUGGUCAUACCAGUGAAAACUCUCUCUGAAGAACCUUCUAUUGGUGAAAUUAAUGCAGCAGAGAUGCACAUGGAGUUACUGUCAGAGCGCGUCUGGAAACACACCAUUGUGCUGUUUGCUUGUGAUGAAGGAGUGGAGGAACCAGCAAUCAGAAAACACAUUCACAGCGCAGAGAAAAUCCUGGACAAGUGUGGAGGACGAUCACAUGUUCUUCAGAGGAGCGCUUGUGAAUCCCCGACUCAGAUCAGUGAACUCUUUCAGAAAAUAGACAGCCUGGUGAAGGAGAACCGUGAGGAUUUCUUCAUACCACAAGCGUACUAUGAGCUGAUUCAGCAGAAGACACAAGAAGUGUUUGGUGCAACUGAGAUCAGGCAGAGACGGGGAAGUUUGCAAAAGGAUCCUCCAAACUGUGAGUAUUAUUUCACUAAACCUACAGCUGAUCUCA